AUGUCGAUUGAUCCAACUAAAUAUGCCGACCCAAACUACUUUAAGGUCUCUUUAAAGACGCCAAUGGCCAUCGCCGUUGCUGGUGGUGCAGACUCUGGAAAAAAAGCAUUUUGUGAGGCAUUGACUUCUCGAUUGAGUAAAAAACACGCUACCAAGGUUGCUCUCAUCAGUCUCACUCAAUUCUAUCGAGAACUCACACCAUCUGAGAGAAUCAAAUACGAGGCAGGCGAAUUAUACACAGAUCAUCCGGAUGUAUUCGACAUUGAUUUGCUGAAGGAAACCAUUCGAUCUAUUCUCUCAGGUAAGCCAACCACUGUGCCUGAAUGGGAUGCUUCAAAUCAUACCAGAAAAGGCACACGCGUUAUUGAGCCUGUAGAUGUAUUGUUGGUUGAAGGCACAUUGGUCCUGUACCAAAAGGAGUUAUGUGAUCUGAUGUUUAUGAAGGUUUUCAUUGAUGAGGAUAGCGAUGAACGCUUGGCUAGAAGAGUGCGUAAAACCAAGGUGAGAAAUGGGCGCGUGUUGACCAUCAAAGAACUCUUGGUGGAAUAUGUGGAGAAAGUCAAGCCCAUGUAUGAAGAAUACAUUUUACCGUCGAAGAAAUCUGCGGAUAUUAUCAUUCCCAGAGGUGUCGAAAAUACAAUUGCGCUUCAGGUCAUGACCAACCGUGUCGAAGAUUACCUUGAAUUUCGCAACGUUGACGAAAAGAAGGAGUCUGUGACUCCAGGUGCUGCGGAAAUCUUGGCUCAACAGAUCAAUAGUUCCUACAAACGCAUUCCCGAAUAA